UUUUUUUUUUAAAUCGCAGGUAGCCUUGUUUUUCGGAUGUCUGGUCCUUUUGACAAGCGUAGUUUUCGUACUAGGAAUAUCAACUCAUAGGAAUAUCAAAAACAAAAGGAUUUGCCUCUUUUCAGUUGUUUAGUUCGACAAAGUUUAACGUUUCUGAAGAUUCCGGAAGAAAGAUUUGUAUUAUAGGAUGCCGUACGUCUCAUGUUGUUGGAAAGUCUUCCUGGUGUUGUUUGGAUUGUGGAUGGGCGAGGCUCAAGAAUGUGGUAGGACACCAAUACUGAACAGGAUUGUUGGAGGUGUUUCUGCGUCAGACGGUGCUUGGCCUUGGCAGGUGGAUAUUCAGACUACGAGUCAAGGUCAUGUUUGUGGAGGAACGCUCAUUACAGAGAACUGGGUUUUGUCUGCUGCACAUUGCUUCCCCAACCCUAAUGACGUCACCUCCUACAUUAUUUAUGUGGGACGGCAGCAGCUGAAUGGUUGGAACCCGGACGAGACCAACCAUAGAAUAAAUCGUGUAGUGGUUCCCUAUGGUUACACUGAUCCUCAGCUGGGCCAGGAUAUUGCUCUUGUGGAGCUAGCUACACCUGUUGUUUGGUCGGAUCGUGUUCAACCUGUCUGCUUGCCUAAUGCCAAUGCAGAGUUCAAUAGUGAUAUGAAGUGUAUGAUCACAGGAUGGGGUGACAUCAGAGAUGGAGUUGCUCUACAGGGGGUCGGGGCUUUGCAAGAAGUGCAGGUGCCAAUCAUCGACUCCAGUUCUUGCCAGGAUAUGUUUUUAAUAAACCCCACAGAGAACAUUGACAUUCGCAGUGACAUGAUGUGUGCUGGCUUCGCAGAAGGGGGCAAGGACUCUUGCCAGGGUGAUUCUGGUGGCCCCCUGGUGUGCCAGAUAAGUGAUGGUAGCUGGGUACAAGCUGGUAUUGUGAGCUUUGGUCUUGGCUGUGCUAAACCAAACCGACCGGGAGUCUAUGCCAAAGUGUCCAGCUUUACUAACUACAUCCGGUCCAAUGUUGGUGGAGUCCAGCUCAAGAGCGCAUCGAGUCACAAUUGGGCUGAUCGGGUCAUGGUGCUUGUCAGAACUUUAAUUCUACUGGUACUGGUACAGCUACUGAGAUAGACACCCUAUAACACAAAACUUACCCAAAACAAUCAAAAUGCCAUUCAACUUGGACAUAUUUAGACAUAACAUCCAGGAUUUAUAUUCUUCAGAGAAGCUUUUAAUAAUUAUCAUUAUUAAACUUAAUGUAUGUGAACUGUUAGUAUAAUCUAACAAUGAAACUAAACACACAGAAUUAUUUUUAAAUGAUUUUGAAUUAUUUUAAACAUAAAAUUAUUUUGUAAUCUAGGUUGAUGCCUUAUAGUAAUGCAUUUAUUAUCUGUCAAGCCUGUAAUGAUUACUAACAUCAUGGGAAUAAUUAAGUAAACUAUGCAAAUAUGAUAAAUAGCAAUAGUUCAUACUAAAGACUAAACACUUUUUGUACAAAAAUUAGGAAUGCUGUAUACUCUCAUGUUUUAUUCAAAAGCUAAUUUAUAAUAAUACAUGUAUGAAUUCAAUCAACUGUUUUUACAUCUCUUGGUCAGUUUUUCUAUGUAAAUAAAAUUUAAACAGAUUCAUUUUAUAAUUUA